AUGGUCCUCCACGUGCGGGAGUUCAGGAAGCGGUGCAAGGAAGGCACCGUUACGGAAACUCUAUUCAACCAGCUCCUAGAAUUGUUCUCCAUCCACAACGGCGAUGAGAUUGAGGUCCUUUACAACAAAUCCUUGAACGAUGUUUCGGAGAUGAUUGCUGAGCUGUUGGCGCCGACCAUUACGAUUUCCAACAAGUUUGCAGCGCAAUUUGUCACCCAGCAGUCAUUACGAGGCGUUGUGACGAAUUAA